AAGAAUAAACAGCCAGAGCAUCUACGAGCUGACAUCAUGUGUUGAAAGUAGCUGCAGAGACUCGUCUAUGUGAACGUUCAGUUGCUGUAACUACCCUCAGGAGACGAGAUCAUUGGUUACUGUGCUCUGCCUUCACUGAGAUAAAGACAUGGGGACCAUUUGGUUUGCAAUUUGGUGCAUUUUAACUGUUUUUCAGCCUCCAAAUUUAGUGACUGCUGAGGAGCCAGUAUGUGUACCUGGAUUUCAGUCGGAUCAGCUCACUUUCAGUGUGAUGAGAAUCUACCUGACACAAGGCACAGUAUUGGGCAAAGUGGGCUUCUCUGACUGCACAGAUCGCACAAGAUUUCUGUUCGACACCUCUGACAAACGUUUUGUAGUAAAGACCGAUGGUGUACUGAUGGUAAAGAGACCAGUUUUUCUUCAUGAAGGACACCAUGACUUCUUCAUCCACUCCUGGGACUCACAAGGCCGCAAACUGACCAUUCCUGUCAGUGUGAGCAUGAAUGCAGCUGAUGCUCAGGUGCCUGUUCUGCAGUUUCCCGAGCCUGGUGAAGGACUGAAGAGGAGGAAAAGAGACUGGGUCAUUCCUCCAUUAAAUGUUCCUGAGAAUCAGAGAGGAACCUAUCCCUUAAAAGUAGCUCAAAUCCGCUCUAAUGAAGAUAAAGCAAGGAAGCUCUUUUACAGCAUCACUGGUCCUGGAGCUGAUCUGCCUCCUGUUGAUCGUUUCAGAAUGGACAAACAGACUGGCAAUCUGUAUGUAAUACAACCACUCGACAGAGAGGAAACGGCCAGUUACACGUUUCUAGCACAUGCUGUGGCUGAUGGAGCAGGACAAGCUGAGGAUCCCAUGGAGAUUAUAGUCAAUGUGAUCGACCAGAACGACAACAAACCUUAUUUUACGGUGGAGUACAACGCAAAUGUUGCUGAGGCCACGGCCAUCGACACAGAGGUGGUUAAGGUUGAGGCCAAAGAUGAUGAUGAGCCAGAUAAUCUCAACUCAGACAUCCGCUAUCGUAUUCUGAACCAGGACCCACCGCUGCCCACUGACCACAUGUUUGAAAUCAACCCAGUUACUGGAAGCAUCAGAGUCACUGGUAGAGGAUUAGACAGAGAGAAAUAUCCACAGUACACUCUGACAGUACAAGCAGCAGAUAUGGCGGGAGAAGGUCUUUCUGCACAAGGAAAAGUAAUUCUCACGGUGACAGAUGGCAGCAGCAAUGCUCCUGACAGUGGCAGUAAUGUGGAACCAAAUACUGCACGCGUUUUUCCAGAUGUUUUCUUCACUGAGAACAACAGAGGACCCUAUCCUAUUAAGUUAAUUGAAAUACGGUCUGAUGAACAUCAAAAGCAGAAUUUACAUUACAGCAUCUCUGGUCCAGGAGCUGAUCAGCCUCCUGUUGCCCUUUUCACCAUGGAUAGAGACACUGGCAGUCUGUAUGUCACACAGCCAGUCGACAGAGAGGAAGCAGCUCAUUAUAAGCUACAAGUGCAUGCCGUGGCAGAAAGUGGAGAUCACCAGGAGGUCAUGAGUGUUACAGUUAAAGUCAUCGACCAGAAUGACAACAAACCUGUCUUCACUCAAAACACCUUUGAGGGACAAGUUGCUGAAAACUCAGUAAAAGGUUCUGAAGUGAUUAAGGUCGAGGCUACAGAUGCUGAUGAACCAGAUAAUGCCAACUCAGAUAUCCGUUACAGUAUUCUGAGCCAGGACCCGCAGCUGCCCAGUGACAACAUGUUUGAAAUCAACUCAGUUACUGGAGCCAUCAGAGUUGCUGGUACUGGACUGGACAGAGAGAAAUAUCCACAGUACACUCUGACAGUACAGGCAGCAGAUAUGGAGGGAGAAGGGUUAUCUGGACAAGCACAAGUAAUCCUCAAGGUGGUGGAGAGCCAGUAGUCCUGGAAAAGCUUCAGGUCUCCUGUUCCUGCUUGAGAAGCGGAGAGAAGGAGCACAAAGACAUCAGAGACAUCUAUCACUGCGCUGGAGGCUGAUUCUACAUGACGCUCUCUUCAUAUACAUGUGUGAAUGUUAGAUAGAAAGCACUUACAUAGAAAAAAGUGCUUGUUUAGAUGGGUGUGAAUGCGUGAAUGAGGCAGGUUGUGCAAAGCGCUUUGAGUGCUCAGAGUGUUAAAUAAGUGCUAUAUAAGAACCAGUCCAUUUAUCAUUCAUACGAGCAGUUAAAAUGGCCAAAGCUAGUUUGUCAGUGAUCAUGUGACAAUAAAAUCCCAGCAUAGUUCUUCACAUGUAAGCAUUUUGUAGGUGGUGGGAAGUUCUGCAUAUGUAGGAAGGUCUUAGAAAACUUGCAGGGGGAGCUGUGUAUCUGCUACUUUUCUUUUCCAUAAUUAUUGUGGGACUAGAAUGCUAUGGAGCGCUCUUUCAAGUGAUUUUCUUACUCUGUUUGUUGUAAUCAAAACCUAAGAAAACAAAAGAUUGAAAUGGUGUAAACCACAGUCAGCAGCUGCGCAAACAAUAGAUUUGAUGAUGUGUUGGAACAUGAUCAUGCUGUCACUGAGGAAUAUGCUUCUUUAUAGUAAAUGAAACAUAUGAAACUAAUUAAGAGUAUCAGUAUCUGAACAUAAAAGUUCACAGUUGGUUAUGUCGAAAAGUACCUUUAAAUUCCAAAGAAAUCAGGUACUGUUACUUUAUCCUGAUGCACACUCAAAAUAAAGUACUAGUACAUCCACUUACAAGUUUGUAGAAGAAACUUGUAAGUG